AUGUCAAACAACCCCAUUGAGCAGCACACAUCUGAUAUAUACACGAAGAAGAUUUUCUUGGAAGUGCAGGUAGAGAUUAUUGAGGCACUCAAUCGUUGCUGCAUUAAGUCUAUGGACACAGGUCAUGCAGAGCAUAAGUAUUUUGUUGACGAUCGAUCAAGCGGUGUAUUCUUUGUGGCUCAUAACAUGGUAGAUGACACAAUAGUUUGCUCAUGCAAAAAGUUUGUGAAGGUUGGAUUGGUUUGCCGACAUAUGUUCGUUGUAAUGCAUAAUAUUGGGUUGAAGUCUAUCCCACAAAAAUACAUUGUUGGUAGAUGGUUGAAGGAUGCGGGGGCCAGUGUGAUUACAUCUGAUGGUAGAAAAGCUCAGAACAAGCCUUUGGUUUCGGAAGCAUUUAGGUGCAUUGCUAUUGCCGAGGGGAACGAGUCUUUAACUGAAUCUCUCCUGAAUGAAUUGAAAAGUUGGGCAGAUGCUAAUGAGACGCAGCCAACAAAUUCUGUAUCUGCUAAGGAAAGGACCUUCCAGAUGUUCUAUGGAGCAAAACUACCUACAGAAAUAAAUGUUCAUCCCCCUGAUCCCGUUAAAACAAAAGGCAAAAUUGAUCCUGCAUAUUUUGAAAGAAAGAAAUGCUCUCUCUUGAACGCGUUUGAGAACAGAGAUUUUGGUCAUCCUUUCGGCGUCGGCGACGUCUUCUCCGGCGUGUCUGCCAGAGUCACGAGGACGGCCUCCUCCUUUCCGGUGCGGCGCGGACUCUUCUCCUCCAGCGAUAUAUUCUCUAAAUUCCGGUGGGCAACUACACAGCGAUAUAUUCUCUAA